GAAAAAAAAAACUUUUUGUGUAGAAGGAUUCAACACCCGCCAUCUUGUCGCGGACGAGGGUCGGGAUUUCGUAGAGUAUAAUAAUAGUUAUAUAGAUGCGAGGGAUUGAGAUUGGACCUGUAUAGCUUCAUGGUGCUAGGUAGAAGAGAUGUGGUGAAUUUUGAGGCCUGUUCUGAUGGAUGGCGUUAAAAUGGGGCCGUUUUUGUCUACUGGAAACCCCCGUGUAUCUGAUUUCCCCCUUCAGCAAGCGCUUCUUCUCACAAUUUCGCUCAUCAUGCCAUGUACAAUGUAUGCUGCGCUGGAUUUGUUAAAACUGUACAUGUAGAAAAUUAUUUUCGGUCAUUGAUCAUUUUACCAGAGUCCGAAAUGGGUCUCGAAUCUAUUUAUUUUUACUCGGAGAUGAUCGGUCCUUUGGAGAUACACCGAUGACGUAAGGCGUUAAAGACUCGAUUCUUUUCGUUGUUUUAUUUAUUUAUUUUUUUAUGCGUUUUUCUAUCUUUUUUAAUAAACGACCGAAAUCUUUUUUGUUAGCUAAACAGGAGUAAUUAUGAGGGUACCUGGUGGGGAGUUAUGGGGUGAAUGGAAGUGGCGAAGCGGGGCGCUGUUGCUCGUCUCUUGAGCCAUUUUAAGCUGGCUAGGCUAGUAGUGCUCGCUAGUGUUACUAACUUAGGUGUGUUUUUGCCCGAACACUAAGAUCUGAUCUGCGACACCAAAACUUACUCCCCCCGCUCCCUAAUCACGAAAACAAGCCUCAGUACAGCAAAUAUCAUACUCGGAAUGGCUGACAACAUCAUGGAUAUGGGACCUCCCAAUGCAAAGCGUCCAAAGCUCAAUUCACCUGCCCUGUCUUCAUCUGACGGCCCAGAUUUGGGGUCCUUGUUUGACUUGGAGAACGAUCUCCCGGAUGAGUUGAUCCCCAAUGGCGAAGCUGUCUUGCCGUCCAUGCCCACCAACGGUGAUGGAGGAGUUGCAGGAAGGAUGGGUGCCAUCAUGGCCGAUGCUGCCACCAAGCACAAGCAGCUCUCGCAGCUUCUGCAGUCAGGCAGUGGUGGGCAGCCUGGCAUGGGCAGUCAGUUGAGCACACUGUGCAAGAGCCCCCUGGGCCAGGCCUCACCAAGUCACUCAUCCCAGCCCCAGAAGUCAGUUGCUGCAUCAAGUGGCCCAGGCAACAGUGGCAGCCCAGGCAUGAGCAUCAACACUGGCUUCAACCAGACUGUGCUGAACAGUGGGCAGAGCCAUGGGCUCAUGGGCCAGAACAUGGCACAGCAGGGGCAGAUGUUGAAUGGCAUGAUGGGGCCAGGAGGGCGAGGCAGGAUGGCACCAGGCAUGCAGUACCAGGGCCAGACAAUGCAGGGGGCACCAGUGGGAGGAGGUGGCGCACCAGGGGUCACAGGGGUCAGCAUGGCAGGUGGUGUGCUGGCAGAGACACUGACCCAAGGGGCACCACAAAUGGGAGUGCACAAUUCCAUCAGCCCUCAGCAGGGAGGAAACAUGAACAAGAUGGGAUUGGGGGCCACUAACGGUCCUUUUGGGCAGCAGUAUGCACAGGGUGCAGUGCAGCAGAUCACCAGUGCUGGUGUUAAUGUACAGCUCCAGAGUAAGGCAGCUCUCUCAAACAGCCUCCAGCCCACAUUGAAGGGGGCUUCCAGUGUACAGAACCUGCUCCAUCAGCAGGUGCCUGCUGUGAAUAUGAUGCCAGGCCAGGGGGCUCCUGCAGCUCCCACUGCCGAUCCAGAGAAGCGAAAGCUGAUCCAACAGCAGCUGGUUCUGCUGCUCCAUGCUCACAAGUGCCAGCGACGUGAACAGGCCAAUGGUGAGGUGCGGUCCUGUGCACUGCCCCACUGCCGCACCAUGAAGAACGUCCUAAAUCAUAUGACCCACUGUCAGGCUGGCAAGUCCUGCCAAGUGGCGCAUUGUGCAUCCUCCAGGCAAAUAAUUUCUCACUGGAAGAACUGUACUCGUCAAGACUGUCCUGUUUGUCUGCCCCUGAAAACUGCCAGUGAUAAGAGAAACCAGCAGCCUAUGUUGAAUCCAACUAACGCUGGCCUGCAAGUGCCUGUGGGAAUAUCAACGAUGGGCCCUAGCCAACCAAGUGCGCAGAUCAGCAACACCACAAAUAUAGAUCCGAGCUCCAUGAAGAGAGCCUAUGCGGCUCUUGGCCUCCCGUAUGGAAACCAUUCUGCCACACAAACGCAGGCACAGGUUCUGGGCCAGCAGACCCCACAGACACAGCCACAUCAGCAGCCGCUUCGUCCCAUGAACUCUCUGGGCACUAACCAGAUGAACCUGGGAGGAAAUGGUAUGAGCGUUCCCACUUCUGAUCAGACGAAUCUCCACACUGACUCACCCCUUCCCUCAUCCCUCAACAACAACCAGCUGAUGCCAGAUGGCUCUGGUGCGAGUGGAAUGGGGAAUCUGCCAUCAACAGCAGUACCCUCUAUGCCUGGCAUGAAGAAGGCCUGGCAUGAACAUGUCACUCAGGAUCUGCGUAACCACCUUGUGCACAAACUAGUUCAAGCCAUAUUCCCCACCCCAGAUCCUGCAGCACUGAAGGACAGACGAAUGGAAAACUUGGUUGCUUAUGCCCGAAAGGUGGAGGGCGACAUGUAUGAGUCUGCCAACAGCAGGGAUGAGUAUUACCACUUCCUAGCUGAGAAGAUAUACAAGAUUCAGAAGGAGCUGGAAGAAAAGAGAAAGUCAAGGCUUCAGAAACAGCCUCCCUUGGGUACUCAAGGAGUACAGCAGACUGGCAUUCCCCAGCCUAAUGCCAUGGGACCCGCACAAGCUACCCGGACGGCAAAUGGAUCUGUGCCUAUGUCCAGUGUGUCAAAUCAAAUGGUGAAUCGCAUGAAAGUUCCUCAAGGGAUGAAUCAGUUCAAUCCCAUGGCGAUGCAGAAUGUGCCGAUGUCUCAGUCCCCAGUAGGAUCCCGUGCAGCUUCCCCCAUGAACCACCUGCCACAACUGAACAUGAGUUCUGUUUCUCCGAUGGUUAUGUCUCCUUCAAGGAUGAUGCAAGCUCAGGGCAUGAUGGAAGGCCAUGCAAACAACAUGGUGGGCCAGACCCCCAACCAGAACCAGUUUAUGAACCAGACACAUUUCCCAACUUCUACAGGGGGUCUAAAUGUGAACUUUGCUCAGCAAGCAGGACAGGCCGGUGGCACACAGCCUCAGCAGCAGAACUCUAAUCUCUCCCUGAAUGCUCUUGGCUCCCUGGCUCCACAGCCUGCUAUGUGCUCUACCCCUCCACCUCCUGCCUCCACCCCUGUAGGCCCUAACCUACAGCACAUGGCUCAGCCCUCCACACCUGUGUCUGCUGGGAACCAGGCCUCAACAACCCACAUACCCCACCCACCAUCAAGGCUUUGCUCCUCCCCCAACCCCUCACAGCCACUCCCUUCUCUGCCUCAUCCAGAGCCUCCCAUUCAGAUACAGCAGCCACGCUCUGAGAAAGCACAGCACCCUGCCACUCCGCUUGAUCAGGCAGCAGCUAACAUGGAUAACCGAGUCCUCACGCCUGCAUCUGUAGCUGAGAUGCACUCCCAACCAGAAUUUACUGUUGCUGUGAGCAAAGCAGUGCCAGAAGAGGAUGAUCUAGACCUUGAAAAUGGCAAGAAGCUACCUAAACUCAAAACAGAGGAUGAAGAUGUAAAGCCAGUAUCUAUUAAGAAGGAGGAGCCAGAGAAUGUAGAGCCUAAGCAGGAGCCAAUGGAGACAGAGGAUAAGAAACCAGAAGUAAAGAUAGAAGCCAAGCAGGAGGAAAACGGUGAUGCUACCAGUACAACUUCGUCCACUCAGUCUUCACAGACGUUCAAGAAGAUUUUUAAGCCAGAAGAGCUGAGACAGGCAUUGAUGCCCACAUUAGAAUCACUGUACAGGCAAGAUCCAGAAUCUCUGCCCUUUCGCCAGCCUGUGGACCCGAUGUUGCUCGGCAUUCCGGAUUAUUUUGACAUUGUGAAGAAUCCUAUUGACCUGUCAACCAUAAAGCGGAAGCUGGACACCGGGCAGUACCAGGAGCCAUGGCAAUAUGUGGAUGACAUCUGGCUAAUGUUCAACAAUGCUUGGCUCUACAACCGCAAGACAUCAAGGGUCUACAAGUACUGCUCAAAACUAGCUGAGGUGUUUGAGCAGGAGAUCGACCCAGUCAUGCAGGGCUUGGGUUAUUGCUGUGGGAGAAAGUAUGAAUUUUCACCUCAGACGCUUUGCUGCUAUGGCAAACAGCUGUGCACUAUCUCCAGAGAUGGAACAUACUACAGCUACCAGAACAGUUCACCCAAAUAUGGCCUUCUUGCCGACAGGUAUCACUUCUGCGAAAAGUGCUUCAACGAGAUCCAGGGCGACAACGUCACCCUGGGAGAUGAUCCUGCACAAUCUCAGACUAUGAUAUCAAAGGAUCAGUUUGAAAAGAAGAAAAAUGACAUGUUGGACCCUGAGCCGUUUGUUGAAUGUAAAGACUGUGGGCGUAAGAUGCAUCAGAUCUGUGUGUUACACUAUGAUGUCAUCUGGCCAUCAGGAUUUUUCUGCGACAACUGCCUCAAGAAGUCAGGGAAAACAAGAAAAGAGAACAAGUUUUCUGCUAAAAGAUUACAGAUUACAAGGCUUGGUACAUACAUAGAGGACCGUGUAAAUAAGUACUUGAAGAGGCAGAACCACCCUGAUGCUGGUGAAGUGUUUGUACGGGUGGUGGCAAGCUCAGACAAGAUGGUUGAUGUCAAACCUGGAAUGAAAUCUAGGUUUGUUGACUCAGGGGAGAUGGCAGAAAACUUUCCAUACAGAACCAAAGCACUUUUUGCGUUUGAAGAGGUAGAUGGAGUAGAUGUGUGUUUUUUUGGCAUGCAUGUCCAAGAAUAUGGAUCUGAUUGCCCCUUCCCUAACACCAGACGUGUUUACAUAUCAUAUCUUGACAGCAUUCACUUCUUCAGACCUCGGUUGUUGAGAACUGCUGUGUAUCAUGAAAUAUUGAUUGGUUAUCUGGAAUAUGUCAAGAAACUUGGGUAUGUGACCGGUCACAUCUGGGCCUGCCCACCAAGUGAAGGAGAUGACUAUAUAUUUCACUGUCACCCUCCUGAUCAGAAGAUACCGAAGCCCAAAAGACUUCAAGAGUGGUACCGCAAAAUGCUGGACAAAGCCUUUGCAGAAAGAAUACUUCAUGACUAUAAGGACAUCUUUAAACAGGCUACAGAGGAUCGAAUUAAAAGUGCCUAUGAGCUGCCGUAUUUUGAGGGGGACUUCUGGCCCAAUGUUUUGGAGGAAAGCAUUAAGGAGCUUGAGCAGGAGGAGGAGGAAAGGAAGAAGGAGGAGAGUACAGCCUCCUCUGAGACAGUAGAGGGGACCCAAGCUGAUAGCAAGAAUGCCAAAAAGAAGAACAACAAGAAGACUAAUAAGAACAAGAGCAGCAUGAGCCGAGCUAACAAGAAGAAGCCAGGGAUGCCAAAUGUAGCAAAUGAUCUGUCCCAGAAGCUCUAUGCAACUAUGGAGAAGCACAAGGAGGUUUUCUUUGUAAUCCACCUCUAUGCUGGUCCUGUGAUCAAUACUCUGCCCCCUAUUAUGGACCCUGACCCUUUACUCACCUGUGACCUGAUGGAUGGCCGUGAUGCCUUCCUAACGUUAGCACGGGACAAGCAUUGGGAGUUCAGUUCCCUGCGCCGCUGCAAGUGGAGCACUAUGUGUAUGUUGGUAGAGCUGCAUAACCAGGGUCAGGACCGUUUUGUCUACACCUGCAAUGAGUGCAAGCACCAUGUAGAGACACGUUGGCACUGCACUGUCUGUGAGGACUUUGACCUAUGCAUUAAUUGCUACAAUUCUAAGGGUCAUGAACAUCAGAUGGUGAAAUGGGGCCUUGGCCUUGAUGAUGACAACAGCAACCAGAAUAGCGAGGCCUCCAAGAGCCCACAGGAAAGCAGGCGCCUGAGCAUUCAGCGUUGUAUCCAAUCACUGGUACAUGCCUGCCAGUGCCGCAACGCUAACUGCUCACUACCAUCUUGCCAGAAAAUGAAGCGGGUGGUGCAACACACCAAAGGCUGCAAGCGCAAGACCAACGGGGGCUGCCCUGUGUGCAAACAGCUCAUUGCCUUGUGCUGCUACCAUGCCAAGCACUGCCCAGAGAACAAGUGUCCUGUGCCCUUCUGCCUCAAUAUCAAGCAUAAGCUGCGCCAGCAGCAGCUCCAGCAGCGGCUACAACAAGCCCAGUUGAUGAGGCGGCGCAUGGCGCUCAUGCAGGGCCGGACCAUGCAAAAACCCCUGCCUUCCCCCAGCUCAGGGGCUCCUGGUACCCCAAACUCUCAGCAACAGCAGCCCAGUACACCACAGACACCUCAGCCAUUACCGAACCAGCCCCAAGUGUCAAACCAGAACAUGGCUGCCAUGCCCCAAGCCUUCGCCAACAAUGGACGCAGCAGCCAGCCACCUACACCAGGCUCCCAGGGUAAACAAGGUCCUCAAUCCUCACCCCGACAUCAGCAACCAUCUCCCCUGCCCAUGCCUCCACAGCCAACAACACCACAACAGCAACCGACACUAGCUGCCUUGCAGGUUGCGCGGAGUAUAGAGAUGACAACCAAAUCAAAGCAACAGCCGCAGCCCGACUUCAGAGUCAACAUUAAUGGCAUGCCCAUGAACCAGUCUCGCAUGGUGGCACCCAUGCAGAUGAUGGGGCCCCGAGGUCCUCAGCAGGGAAUGCAAUCUGGGUCAUGGGGUGCUGGGAUGCAAGGCCCCAUGCAGAAUCCACAGGCCCCUCAGCCACAGCAGGUGCCAACACAGCCGUCCACUAUGGUAUCUCAACAGCCUCAGGUAACCCAGUCACCUCAGCAGUCUCCUCUGAUGCAGAGGGCUAUGAUACAGCAGCAGCAACCCCGGCCCAUACAGGGGGUCAUGCCACUUCAGCCAGUGCCACCUCAAGCCCCACAGCAAAUUGACGUGGCCCAGAGAGGGGCAGGCAGCAGCAUUGCGCCAGGUGCCCUCCAGGAGCUAUUACGCAAAUUGAAGUCACCAAGUUCACCUCAGCAGCAGCAGCAGGUCCUCAACAUUCUCAAGUUAAACCCUCACUUGAUGGCUGCGUUCAUCAAACAACGAACAGCAAAGUAUCAGGCCAGCCAGCCCCAGCAAGCCCAGCAGCAACAGAACCCGCAAGCUAUGAUCGGAGUCCAGACAGGUUUGCAGAAUAUGUCUGCCAUGCAGAGUGCCCCAGUGAUGAGGCCGGGGAUGCAACCUCAGCAAGCUUUAGGGCCACAGGGCCAACUCAUGAAUGCUGCACACAAUGGCAACCAACAGCUUUAUCGCCGACAGCUCAUGCGCCAAAUGCAGCAACAGCAGCAGCAAGGAGCCUUGGCUCCUGGCCAGGGGAGGUUUCCCCAGCCUCAAAGUACAGCUAGCUACUCUCAAAUUCGCAUGCAGCAGCAACUGACCAUGGGCAGUGGGCCCAUGAUGCAAGGUGUGGCCCAAAUAGGCCAACCUGGAAUGAACAUGGACCCAACCCAGAACAUGAUGCAACAGCGCAUGUUGCAGCAACAGCUACCACAGCAGAUGCUGAAGCAGCAGAUAGGAUCACCACCUCAAGCCACCUCAAUGAGCCCUCAGCCCCAUAUGCUCCCAGGACAGCAGCAAGGCUCACAUUUACCUGGACAGACCAUGGUCAAUGCAUUGAGCAACCAAGUAAGGUCACCUGCCCCAGUGCAAUCGCCCCGUCCCCCUUCACAGCAGCCCCCACAUUCCAGUCCAUCCCCACGCAUGCAGCCCCAGCCCUCUCCCCAGCAUACUUCGCUGCACUCCAGCUCCCCCCACCCUGCACUGAUUGGACCAAUGACAGGCUCCAUGGAACAGGGCCAUCUGUGUACGCCAGAGCAGAGCACGAUGCUCUCUCAGCUUAACACGCCAAACCAUAGAGGGCUGACAAAUGACUUGAGUAUGGUGGGAGAUACCACCGGAGACACAUUAGAGAAGUUUGUGGAAGGAUUGUAGCAAUGAGAGAUGAUAGAGAGGUGUUCACAUUCAUGCAGAUAUAUAUAUAUAUAUAUAUAUAUAUAUAUAUAUAUAUAUAUAUAUAUAUAUAUAUAUAUAUAUAUAUUUCAGACAAAGGAUGUGAAUGGUUUACAAACCAGUGGACUGCUAUUUUUUCCUAUUUAUGCUUGUAUGUGGAUGAAUCUCUCAAUCAUUCUUUCCCCCUUUUGUAUGUCCUGCCAGCAAUGAAAAUAAUUUUGCCCUGUAUUUUGUUUAGAGAAAAAAAUUCCUCGGGUCUGGACUUACAAUGGAAAUUUAUUGUUUCAUUACUGAAGACUUUUUUUUUUUUUUUUUUUUUUUUUUUUUCCUCCAUUUUAGAUGCGAGUUUGUGUUCAGAGACUGUAAGAUAAGUCAUGUGUUAAAUCAGUGAUGAGUCAUCAUUCCUUUCUGAUGUUUAUUCACAUGUUAGAUUGUAAACAUGCCUUUAGAGAUGCACCAUUUUUUCUCCAAUCCAAGGUGCCUGUAUAGAAGGACCAGUGUUUAUUUGUACAGAAAGGAUCUCUUCUACAAAAGAGGUGAGGAGUUGUAAUUGGUUUUAUUUUUAAGGUGCCCAAAUACAUAAUUUAUAGGCCUGCAUUGCGUACGUUUCAAUGUGUAGAACUCUGCUUGGUGUCUUCUUUGAUUUGUCAGUGAAAAGCUUAUCUCUUUCUAGGUAAGAGUCAGAGGUAUCUGACUGCUGAUUUGUGCAAAGAGAGUGCUUUACCCAUUUUUUUCCCCUACAUGAGGCUUUUCCCUCCUUAAACUUGAAUUAAGCAAUGUAAAUCAUGCAGAUUGCGAUACUGUACAUAUGAGGACAAACAAUUUGAGAUCGUUGUAUAUACUGAUUAAAAGAACUUGUUUCAUACUUCUAUACCAUAUUGUUAAAUAAACUGUGUGCAACAGUCAAA